AAUGAAAUUAUGAAUCAGUUUUCUAACGAAUUACCUCCCCCUCCUCCCGUUAGAAAUGCAAGCACACAGCAGUACACAAUUAGAGUUUCCGACCCAGAUUAUGGCAAUGUUAGCCAGCGUUCAACGGACAAAUAUGCUUCUAAUAUUACCAAUCAAAGCAAAUAUUCUGGAGGAAACGACAAUAUGGCUAAGAGUUAUGACAAAGCUCUUCCAGAACCUCCAGUUAAAGAGAAAUCAAAGAAGUCAUUUAAAGUGUUUAGCAAGAAAAAACAGUCGAAACAGUCCAAAGAGCUGAGCAUUGGAACCCCAUACAGUUUUACUCACAAUGUCCAUCUAGAGAUCGGAACAAACGGAGAAAUUAAGAACUUUCCGGAUACGUGGAAGUCUCUGCUGGACUCGAAUUUCUCGGAGAAGGAGAAGAAUGUGAAUGCAUACAAAGUAGUGGACUUCAUCCAGACAGAAUUGAAACACCAAUAUGAGCCCAAGUACAUGGAGACUAAUACAUUCCCUCAUGAUUCCAGCGAGGAGAAUCUGGGUGAUUCAUGGCAGAUGGACCAAGCACGUGCCGAAUUCUCUCUAUCCCAACACAAACGUGAGUCUUCGGACGAUCAGCAACAAUUUCAGAGCGACAAUGAGAAGUCAAAGCCGAGGCAGAGAGACACUUACAACAAGUCCUCUCAUUCCCACUCCUCGGGAGGUAGUUUGGGAAGUAACGAGAGAAACAGCCUGGAAGAGUCAACCCCCUCAAGCCAGUUUGUAGGUGGGGGAGGAGGCGGCGCUGGUGGCUGUAAAGUGAUAAAUAACAAUAAUGGGUAUUCGAAUGUGGAGCAUCAGCAUAGCAGCAGUAUGGGAGCGGUUCCUCAGAUACCGGCCAGGCCGCAACACACCAUGUCCAAGGUGUUCCACGAGGGUUCCGGAUCACAAGUACCUACCAGUCCGACCAUGCCAGACAACAAUUUUAAAGGCAUGUCUUCCCAGUUGCAUCAUACCCAUCUGGAUAACAACAACACCCCCACCUCAAUCACCCCACACCACCAACAUAGCAACAGUACUGGGGGCAGUUAUGAUAGUCACGGCAGACUUCACUUCCAGUACAAACCACCCCCUCAUAUGGCUGCAGCGACAAAUACAUCAUCCUCGCAAAGCACGAUUACUAGUACAUCGUCCCAGAAUACAUCCCUAUCUUACACGACUAGUAAGCACCCAAAUAGUACAAAUCACCAUCAGCAGCAAAUUUCUUACCCUAAAAUGCCUUACUCAGCUGCAGCAAAAGAUCAAAACAACUCAGUACAGAAUAUCACUACAGGAUCGAACUCUGGAGCCUCCUCUCAGAUGUCUCCAAGUGUACCGAUGACGUCCAAGAGUGAAAACUUGACCGAAAAGCAACAAGCAGUUGCAGCUAUGAUCAGUGCUACGAGACCUCCGCCUGUUAGUCUGCAGCAGAAAAGCGUGGGAAUGGUCGCCAAACCAGCACUCAUUAACAGCCAGAGUCCGGCACUAUCAUCUAACAUACCCCACAUGCCGGGAACACCGAAGUCGCAGCGAUCACAGCCUAAGGAGAAACCCCAGUCCCCGUUGGCCAAUGCAACCCACCUAAUGUCACCCAAGUCAUCGUCUAAGUUCUCCCACGGCAGCCCAAUAGCGUCCCCAAAAUGGAGCGAACACAAUGAGAAGGCGUCACAUGGAACCAAGUCUCCAAGUAAACCAACAGGGUCGAGUUCAAUGAAGAAACCCUUGCAGAGUGAGUCGACCAGUAACAAUGGAUCGACCCAACAGUCGUCACAGCAGUUGACACGGAGACCUAGGAGACAGAAGAUGUCAGAUGAACAGAUCAUGAGCAAGCUAAAAGAGGUAUGCAAUCCGGGAGACCCUAAGAGACGCUACGUGAGCUUCAAAAAGAUAGGACAGGGAGCGAGUGGGGUGGUGUUCACGGCCACCGACAUCCAGACCAAGGCCACUGUGGCCAUCAAACAGAUGACUCUGGCCAACCAGCCGAAGAAGGAGUUAAUUGUGAACGAGAUCAUAGUGAUGAAGGAGAACAAGGACGUGAAUAUUGUCAACUACUUGGACAGUUACCUCGUGGGAGAACACCAGGAGGAACUGUGGGUCGUGAUGGAAUUUCUGCCUGGUGGAUCUCUGACAGACGUGGUGACUGAGACGAUGAUGGACGAGGGACAAAUUGCGGCGGUGUGCCGAGAGGUACUGCAGGCUCUCAAGUUCCUCCACGCCAACAACGUCAUCCACCGUGAUAUAAAAAGCGACAACAUCCUUCUCGGGAUGGACGGACAGGUCAAACUAACAGACUUCGGAUUCUGUGCCCAAAUUAGCCCGGAAAAUGGAAAGAGGUCAACGAUGGUCGGUACGCCCUACUGGAUGGCACCCGAGGUCAUAAACAAACAGCCCUAUGGACCUAAAGUUGAUGUUUGGUCUCUUGGAAUUAUGGCCAUUGAGAUGCUGGAAGGAGAGCCACCAUAUUUGAAUGAAACACCAAUCAAAGCGCUUUACUUGAUCAUAAACCAAGGCACCCCGCGACUGUCCGAGGAGUCUGAAAAGAGGGCCUCCAAGGAGUUCCUCAGCUUCCUCUCGAGUUGUCUUGAGAUUGAAGUCGAGAAGAGACCCACCGCCGACGAGCUACUCAAGCACCCCUUCAUUACAAUGUGCAAACCACUGAAGAGUUUGCGACCCCUGAUUAUCAUUGCAAAGGAGAUCGCAGCACAUCGGUGAUCUUAAGAACUGUUCUUGUGCUUAUAUUUCUGAGGACUCUUGGAACAUCGAGUUGGAACUCUUGGAGUAGUGAAACUGUCAAAUCAUCUGUUAAUAUCUACCUCGAUUGUAUAGAUUUUUUAAUACUCGAAAGGGUGGUCGAAACCCGAUUAAAGUGAUUUAAAGCUCAACUGGUAAUUGAAAAUUAAUAACUUUAUAGCUGAUGAUUACAUUUUGGAGUGGCAGCGCAUCAACGAAGUGACGAGAUAUUGGCAUGGUGUUCCCACCUAAUCAAUUGCUGUGAUAACAAGAGCCUGUUUUUCGUUCAGUUGGAUCCGCCUUUUAGUAAUGUUUUAUAACUAAUAGCGUUUUCUGCUGCAACCAAUGGUUGGCAGUUUAUGGAUGCAUAUGUCCCCAAUUAAUAUAAAAUCAAUCGAUUAAUGCAUAAGUUGACGGUGGGUUACCUGGAUAAAUUCAUGGCAUCUUGCAUUAUUUGCUGGUAUAAUCGGCUUGGAGUGAGUUCCUUUAUUUCACCAUGGCCGCAUACUGGGAAAUGAGUUAGUGUUGUCUACUGAUGUAUUUGGUAAGUGGCCGUAGAAAUUGUUCUCACGAACUCGCUGCUGGAAAUUUCCGCCUACCGGGUGCUGGUUUCCUCCGCGCGAACAAAAAACUAGAUUGAAUAUUAAUGUUGAUCCAUAUCUCAGAAACAUGCUUGUCUCUAAGAGUGAGAUUAUUAAGCAAGACUGAGAUUACUAAGCAAUUCGAUAUAAAUUUUCAUUCGAAUUUGAAAGUAUAGCAUCUUUUCGGCGAAAACAUCAGAUUUUGCUUAAACCAAAAUUCGUUUGUUAAGAUGGUAGUCGGCUAGGCUAGCAAUAUUUGCUGUAUUAACAGUGAGUGAUUUCGCUAAGUAAUAGCUGUUGGUUAUAUUACUAUUUAUUUUUCUGGUAAUUUGUAUUAUGGUAUUAAUUCUAUAAGUCAAUGGCGUUUGGCUGAAGGUUGCUUGCGAUUACACGUCAUAAUUGCUUCCAAAUGGCGAUGAGUGAGGUGUUGAAAUGAAGUUUCCAUUCGUUCAUAUAUGAAUUGGACAAACAAUUGUCUCAGGAGUAGAUUGACUUGACUUUCGUUUCCCCUUUUGAAGCUGGUUUGAAUGAAGUAGUCGCCGAGGUUGAUGACGGAUUCUUUCAUGCGUUUGAACGCAGUUGAACCCAUAAAGACACAAUCAUGCUCUUGGUUCGUUGAUUGGAUACUGCUUAUGUGCUUUAUCAGGAAAAGUUAUAUUGUUUGUGCUGUUAGCUUAAAAUAAAAAUUUAUCUGGACCUCAGAAUAUUGAACAUUCUGUCGUUAUUUGAAAUGGUUUCACUGAAUAUUAGCUAACACUGGAAGUUAUUUUAACUAAAUAUUAACUGCUCGAGUGUUCUGAUAACAUUAUUCAAAGUUUUGACCUAUUUUAAUCCGAUGUUACCUGACAUUUUAGCACGAGUUUCUGAGAAAGUGCAAAUCGCUGAAGAGCUUGCACCCCUUAAUCGUGGCAGCCAAAGAAACCAUCGGAUCUAGAAGAUAAUCUCUCUUGAAUCUGCUACUUUAUGCCAAAACGACCAGACGCGACUGAUUUUUGACCAGGACCAGCCUGUGUGAGAAUCAUGACAUAAGAUGAAUACGCGAAUAACUCUAGACCUAAAAUUUGGGUGCGAAGCUGCAUGAUUGAACAGAUUUUACUCAUCAUCAAACUAACUUGCAGAAAAUUAAUCGAUCAAUUAAUUGAUAGACACUACACUAAUUGUAUCAUAGCACUAUUGUAAUUAGACAUGUUCGCUCUUCCGUAAUCUACGAGUCUGAUAUCGAUCUAUCCAAUUCUGUCCAAUUUCUAGAUUGCAGCUGGAUGAAAAAGAGGCUUUUUUUAUUGUGAUAAUAAAUAAUUUAUUACCUAAACGCAUCCUAUGAUAUGACGAUUUAUUAGUGGUGUGGUAUACACUUACCUCUCAUUUCGGAUAUUUCUAACUUGAAGACUAUAAACGCCCUGAUUAUUUAUCAUAUCUCUGAACGUUUCUCUUAGCGUGUCACCAGUUUUGUCCAUGUGUUAUCUAUAUAACACCAAUUUUUUGACAAUAUCUUCCUUAAAUUAAAUUGUAGAAUAAUUGAUACAAAUGCUUCUCCUAUUUUUUUGCAAGUCAUGUUCAAUAAUCAUGUAUGUGCUACUAAAACGUGACCUGUUUCAUAUUAUGUGGAAACAGUCGCUUUAAAUUGCGCUAGAUUCUUCUAUUGAGUAUUUUGGUUAAUCCAAAAAUGGUGCUUAUUUUUAACUUAUUUCAUUUUCACUGACGUCUUGGAGGAAAAAUUCACAACUGAAGUUUUCGCUUCGUAUAGCAAAUUCAGACAAGGAUGCUGCUGAAAGAUGUUGAAUUUUUCCUUGAAAAAUUCAAUUUGUUUUGUACUGUUAUAUCAACUAAAAUUACUAGCGGGAGAUGAAAAUACCUGAAUUGAUAUUUAUACCUCGGAAAGAUUUCCCCGUGGAGUCAUCCUGCUGAAAUUUUCAAGCAAAUGUGCAUAGACAAAUAAUUUUCUGAGAUUAAAGGUACGCCCCAUGAUGCAUAAAUACUUACGAUAAUCAUUCUUAUGCUGUUUUGUCUGUGUAAAAUACUGUUGCUAAAGAAUACUUUCUCAUGAAUAAAUACCACUUCUCAAAUUGAAAAAUAAAAGUUGGUAGAAAGUGGCUUAUAAAUAGAUUUUUUUUGUCUCUGGCAGUCAAUAUUUAUUGGAUCAUGAUGCAAUUCAUGUUGUGAGUGAGUUAACCAACCAAAGCCGGGUAAUUUGGAAUCGAUGUCUGCAAAUCUUAAUUUGUAGCUGAUAAAAUAUGAGUAAAUUCACUUUUAGUUAGCUUG